AACAUUGUAGCAAAUAUAUUCCUAUUAAAUAGAAGCAGCUUUGCUAAUCGUUUUUCAGUUAGUUGUAAGAAGGUAGUGGCUAGUUUACUCCCGGUGGGGAGUACUGUAGGAUAGACUUAUUUUACGGCUUUUAAGAAAGAAAGUUUCACAAGUAAGAUGAAGCAAAUUUACCUGUUACUCUGCCUUUUGGCAAUUGGUUUUCGAAAUAAUAAUGCCGCUCCUGCUUCGGAGACCACCGAUUCCAAUAGACAAAGUGUAGACUACAGAAUACCAGACACAAUCCGGCCAUCAAACUAUAGGAUCUCUCUAACACCAUAUUUGCUAGCAUCUGACGGAGCUAAACGGUUCACUUUCGACGGAUCUGUGGCAAUAACACUCAGAGCUUAUUCGGCCAAUUUAAAGACGAUCACCCUCCAUGCAAAGGACAUGACAUUUUCCGGGACGUCACUGAAAGAGAAAAUUUCUGGAAACGUGAUUACAAUUAGUAAUCAGACAGAGGUUGACCUUAUAACAGACAAAUUUAGUGUCAACUUGGAUACGGCAUUAAAAACCGACAUAGACUAUGUGCUGGCAUUCAAUUAUUCAGGUAAAAUGGGGGAUGACAUGGAAGGUUUCUAUAAGAGCAAGUACACCAACGCAAAAGGAGAGGAGGUAUACAUCGGUUCGACACAAUUUGAAACCCAUCACGCCCGCCGUGCAUUCCCCUCUUUUGAUGAACCGAAAUUCAAGGCGACGUUCCAAUUCGACAUCACACAUCCCAGUCACUUCGAUGCUAUUAGUAACACGCUCCCUACUAGCGUAAUUAACAUCAGAACUACCAACACCACAAUUACUACCUUCAAAGAGACUCCGAUUAUGUCAACUUUCAUAGUGGCCUUCCUCGUCUCUGACUUCAGAGGUCGAGGUGACAAGGAUUUCAUUGUAAUCGCUCGUCCUGAAGCAUAUGAUCAAACCGAAUACGCCUACAAUGUUGGACCAAAGCUGCUAAAAAUUUUGGAAGCGUUUACCAACUAUCCAUACAGUACUCAUGGUCUUGAAAAAAUGCAUUUAGCUGGCAUACCUGACUUCGCUGCAGGAGCAAUGGAAAAUUGGGGUUUGCUCACAUACAGGGAAACAGGUUUAUUGUAUGAUAAAUCGGCAUCGACAUUGCUUAAUCAACAGCGGGUGGCGGGUGUAAUUUCUCACGAAUUGGGACAUCAAUGGUUUGGCAAUUUGGUAACGUGCGACUGGUGGGGUUAUACUUGGCUGAAAGAAGCUUUCGGAAGAUACUUUCAAUAUUUCACAACACAUGAGCUAGAGCCUACAUGGGAAAUGGAAAAACAGUUUGUGGUCGAUCAAUUGCAAUCAGUAAUGAAUAUGGAUUCCUUAGCAGGAGCGACACCAUUGAGUGACCCAAGUGCUGCUUCACCCGAUGAUCUUUCUCGUAUGUUCAAUUCAAUUUCAUACAACAAAGGUGCUACUAUUUUAAGAAUGACAAAACAUAUGAUGAGUGAAUCAAAGUUCCGGGCUGGACUGCAAAAGUAUCUGAAAGAUAACGAAUAUGACACGACUGUUCCGCAAGAUCUGUUCAAUGCUUUUGACGAGUAUUAUACUGGAUUGGGAAAUAUUUCGUCGAUAUUGAAAGACUGGACAGAACAGGUUGGAUAUCCGGUUAUAAACAUAAAGUUGACGAACAAUGGCAAAUCAUUCACAGUGUCGCAAAAACGCUUCUUAUUACGAAGUGAUGCCGGAGAUGCGUCGCUCCUAUAUCAGAUACCAUUGACCUAUACAACUGAUGUUGAAAGCAAUUUUGAAAACACAAACACAAAGAUAAUCCUUCCCAAAUCCACAUCCGAAACAACCAUUGAUUUGGGGAACCAAACUGCCAAAUGGGUUAUUGCUAACAUUCAAGAGGUCGGCUACUACCGAGUCAACUACGAUGACACCAUCUGGGACAACAUCCGUAAAGCUCUUGUAUCAGCAAAUCACGGAAAAAUUCAUGAGUUGAAUAGGGCCCAGAUUGUUGAUGAUGUAUUUAAUCUAGGACGAGCAGGUCUCCUGAAAUAUGAGCGGGUUAUCCAGAUUCUCGAAUAUCUUAAAUCCGAGACACAUUAUCUUCCAUGGUAUGCUGCAUUCCAAGGGUACAGCUAUUUGGCAAUUCGCCUAGGAGUAACGAAUGAGAAAUAUUUCAAGCCUUACAUCCUCGGUCUUUUGGAUAACGCCUAUAAGAGCGUUGGUUUCACUUACAAUCAAACUGAGAAGCGUCUGGUAACCUACUGUCGUGCCAACGUCCUCUCCUGGGCUUGUAAAUAUGGACACACAAAUUGCGUGAAACAGUCGAAAGAUAUCUACAAAAGUUUCAUGGACGAGUCGAAACCUGUAGAGGUUAAUAUCCGUGCGGCUGUCUAUUGUACUGCAAUUCGCGAAGGCGGUGAACAAGAAUUCAACUUCCUCUGGAAUAAGUACAGAGGGGAGAAUGUGCAAGCUGAGCAAGUCACCAUAUUAACUGCUUUGGGUUGUAGCAGUAAUAAAACUCAAUUGCAUAAGUAUUUGGACUUGAUAUUAUCAGAUGCAGUACGCCUACAGGAUCGGCAAACAGCCUUCUCGGGAACCUAUACCAGUUCCGCUGAAAAUGUAAACAUGGUUUGGGAGUACGUCCAGGACAAUUAUAAAAAAAUUCAAUCCUCUUUCGACUCCUGGUCCACCUUGGCAUCAAUCAUAAAUGGCAUCGCAUCUCGCUUUACCACCGAAGAACAGCGGAAAUCUCUUCAGACAUUCGUAGAUAAUCAUAAAACUGAAUUCGGGUCGUACGCUUCGACUCUAACGAGUGCUCUGGAUAGUGUUGCAUUCAACAUCAAAUGGGCAACAGAAUCAAUGAAGCCGUUCGUGGACCAUCUGAAAUCUGUAGGGGACAGUGCAACGACUAUUCCAAUCAGUACAGUUCUAGUGCUAGUGACAUCAUACUUCGUGGCCUUUUUAUUUAAUUAAAAAUAUUUAAAGUGAAUAUUCUCUGAUUGUGAGUUUUACAAUGGAGCUUUCUACAAUAGUAAGUUAUUUUCAUGAAAUAUACUCGUGUAUAUGUUUGAA